UGCGCUGCGUCCCAAGCUCCUUGGCUCCGGCAUCCGCACUGGCUAUGGGCUCGGCAUCCACCCUGGCUAUGGGUUCGCUGCUGCAGAACCUGUCCCGGGGAGGCCGGGUGCGAACUGCGCUCUGGUGCUGGACACAUGCCGGCUGCCUGAGCUACCUCCAGUGCCCCAGCCCGGUUGCGCGAAGCCUUUCGUGCAGCCGGGGUAUCCUCGGUCGUGGAGGCAGGCCAGCGCUUGGAGGAACUAUGGUCAGCGUGCUCACUGAGCGCUUUCUUCAGGGAACUCAACAUUUCUCCAGCUGGGACUGCUGCCAGAGUCUUCACAGACGCCGUGCUCCGGUGCACGUCACUGAUAGCUGCAGAAAGUUGGGGAUGGACCACAGGGAAGAAGGUUUCCAAGUAGGUACAGAGGAUGACAGGGAGCCUAAGGCCUCCCUGCCCAGGGGGAGCCCCACAGGGCCCCCAUACUCGCUGCCACCUGAGCUUGAGCCUCCCACAAACUGCUGUAUGAGUGGCUGCCCUAACUGUGUGUGGGUAGAUUAUGCAGAAGCUCUGCUGAAGCUCUACCAGGAUGGCGGGGAGAAGGCCCUGGCCAUUCUAGAGGAGCAGGUGACAGAUGAGAACCUCAAGGCCUUCCUCAGAAUGGAGAUCCGGCUCCGCAUGCAGAGCAGAGCCUGAGCCAGUUUACCUGGGACUCCUUAUCUUGGACAGACACUACCUUCAAGGAACAACAGGAUCACUUUUGUUCCUGAGUCUGGAAGACUCCACAAGUCUGCAAGGAAUAGGAAUUAUUGCGUAACAACUUCACCUCAGAAUAAAUGAAUCCCCUAUGAUAACCAUGCAGGAGCUUUUGUGUUGUCCGUAUGCCUGCGUUAUUUUGUCAAAGAAAGCAUGCCUAGGCUGGCUGUGUGUCCCUGUUGAACAGCUACAGCU